GACAGAGCGUCCCUCGGACAUUUUCCACUAAAUAUGAAUGAUCACAUUUCUGAAUGUAAAGGGCUGGGAUGCAGCACAAAGGCAGAGCCCUGCAAGCAGGUUUAACAUAACUCCUCCUCCCGGCUUCCUCCGCCCUUCCACAUCUGACCUUCCCCUCAGCUUACACCACACGGGGUCAGCCCUGGCCCUGGAGAUAAAAGGGAAAUCGGAGAGCAAGUCUGUGCAGGCAGCUCUUCCGUUUGCAGAUACUGGACAUUCCACCCCCCGGCUGCACUACAGGGACACAGACCUUGUUACUCAGCCUGAUAUGGAAUACGGACCCGGGAGAAGGACCUUGCCUGUGGACGGGUGAAUGCAGCCGGCUUCAUCGCUUCACUCAACAUCCUAUGAUACCAAGGGAAUGGUAAAAAUCAAUCAAAAUUCAAAGUAAUCAAGGGACAAGAAAAAAGCCAAAGCUGGUGACAUUGGGCAGGUCCACCCUCGAGAAGUGCCUUCCAUCUGAAAAAUUUGAAGCACUUCGCUAGCAGGUCAACUUCACCACCUCUUGUGAGGCAGUGUUCCCAGUUGCCAUGGAGGAUUCUGCCAUGGACUCGACUCCUGAGAGCGCUGGUCCAGAGGGCGCACUCUUCAGCAUGACGGAUGUGUUUCUCUUCUCGCUCAUCAUUGGCCUGCUUUCUUACUGGUUCCUCUUCCGCAAGAAAAAGGAGGAAAUCCCUGAAUUUACCAAAAUCCAGCCAAUAACAACCUCGGCGAGGGAGAGCAGCUUUGUCGAGAAGAUGAAGAAAACGAGCCGAAACAUCGUGGUGUUUUAUGGCUCCCAGACUGGGACAGCAGAGGAGUUUGCCAACCGCCUCUCUAAAGAUGCCCAUCGUUACGGGAUGCGGGGCAUGGCAGCUGACCCAGAGGAGUACGACUUGUCUGACCUGAGCCGCCUCUCUGAGAUCGACAAUUCCUUGGCUGUGUUCUGCAUGGCCACGUACGGAGAGGGCGAUCCCACGGACAAUGCCCAGGAUUUCUAUGACUGGCUGCAGGAGACGGAUGUUGACCUGACUGGUCUCAAAUUUGCGGUGUUUGGGCUGGGCAACAAGACUUAUGAGCACUUCAAUGCGAUGGGGAAGUACGUGGACAAGAGGCUGGAGCAGCUCGGAGCCCAGCGGAUCUUCGAGGUCGGGAUGGGAGACGACGAUGGGAACCUGGAAGAGGACUUCAUCACAUGGCGUGAGCAGUUCUGGCCGGCUGUGUGCGAGCACUUCGGCGUGGAAGCCACCGGCGACGAGUCCAGCAUCCGUCAGUAUGAGCUGGUGGUCCACACGGACAUCAAUAUGAACAAGGUCUACACUGGCGAGAUGGGCCGGCUGAAGAGCUACGAAAGCCAGAAACCCCCGUUUGAUGCAAAGAACCCGUUCCUGGCCCCGGUCACCCUGAACCGCAAGCUGAACCAGGCCGGAGAGAGGCACCUCAUGCACCUGGAGUUGGACAUCUCUGGCUCCAAAAUCAGAUACGAGUCUGGGGACCAUGUUGCUGUGUACCCAGCCAACGACACGACCCUGGUGAACCAGAUCGGCGAGAUUCUGGGGGCAGACCUGGAUACCAUCAUGUCCUUAAACAACCUGGAUGAGGAGUCCAACAAGAAGCAUCCGUUCCCCUGCCCCACCACGUACCGGACAGCCCUGACCUAUUACCUGGACAUCACCAACCCGCCGCGCACCAACGUCCUGUACGAGCUAGCCCAGUACGCCACAGACCUCGGCGAGCAGGAGCACCUGCGCAAGAUGGCGUCCUCCGCUGCCGAGGGGAAGACGCUGUACCUCAGCUGGGUUGUGGAGGCCCGGAGGAACAUACUGGCCAUCCUGCAGGACGUACCAUCUCUGCGACCGCCCAUCGACCACCUCUGCGAGCUGCUGCCCCGCCUGCAGGCCCGUUACUACUCCAUCGCCUCCUCUUCCAAGGUUCACCCCCACUCCAUCCACAUCUGCGCCGUGGUGGUGGAAUACGAGACCAAGACGGGCCGCCUGAACAGAGGGGUGGCCACCACCUGGCUGAAGAACAAGGUGCCCAGUGAGAACGGGCACAAGCUGACGGUGCCCAUGUACGUCCGGAAGUCCCAGUUCCGGCUGCCAUUCAAAGCCAGCACCCCGGUCAUCAUGAUUGGGCCCGGCACCGGCAUCGCCCCUUUCGUGGGCUUCGUUCAGGAGCGCGCUUGGCUGAAGCAGCAAGGCAAGGAGGUGGGCGAGACGGUGCUGUACUACGGCUGUCGCCAUGAAAAUGAGGACUACCUGUACCGCGAGGAGCUGUCCCAGUUCCACAAGGAGGGAGCCCUGACCCAGCUCAACGUUGCCUUCUCCAGGGACCAAGCCCAGAAGGUCUACGUUCAGCACCUGCUGAAGAGAAACAAGGAGGGGGUCUGGAGGCUGAUCCACGAGGGGAACGCUCACAUCUACGUGUGCGGCGACGCGCGCAACAUGGCGCGGGACGUGCAGAACGCCUUCUACGAGAUCGUGGCUGAGUUCGGGAGCAUGACCCAGCCCCAGGCUGUGGACUAUGUAAAGAAACUGAUGACCAAGGGCCGCUACUCCUUGGACGUGUGGAGCUAAGCCGGGCUUCCGGCUGGGGGAGAGGAAGGUGCCCCAGCCACUGCAAGAAUGUGCCACUGAAACUAAACUAACCCUUAGAUCCCCUCCCUGGUAAUCGCCCCUCUGUGCCCCCCCCCACCCCUGCUGACGAGAGCCUUGCAAUGCCGAGGCAGUGGCUGCUGGAAUCCCCUGGGGCUCGGGGAGAGCUCACCUUGGGAACUAAGAGACCAGGCCUUGAUGCAAGGCCAGUGAAUGGGGGGGUCUGUCCCCUCUGCUUGCCAGCCAAGCUGUGCUCCAGACCUGGCCCCUGCAGGCAUUGGGGCUUUUACCAGUGCUGGGGAGGGCAGCGUAUCACAGACUGGGCCUUUCUCCCUGGCCAGGCAGCAGGAGUGUUGGGGUUCUCCCAGGUCUCUCCCUUACCUCUUGCGACUUCCAGCACGAGCUGCUGGCUGGUCUCCUGGGCAAAGCAGGUCCGGUCCUGGUGGCCUGCAACCAGACCCCGAGCCAGCGCUGUGUGAGACUCCAGCCAGCCCACCCUGCUGGGACCCUGGUGGGGUCUGGCUAGGAGCCCACGGGUGUCCAGGGAGAGUUGGGCCAGAGACUUGUUCCUGAGCCUGCUUGGCCUGGCGUGUAGCUGGAACGCAGCUCUCCUCAGCCUGACGCCCAUGGGCAGUAACCUUGGCAGGCGCAAGGCAGGGCCACCCAGCAGUGGCUUAACUCAAGUCCCAGCCCAGCGGGGCCUCGCUCUGGUUCCCCAGGCAGCACAGGGGCAGAACCAUGGUGGGCUCGGGCCCUAACACACUCACUCACCUGCAGGGCCGAGCAAAGUGGCACCCAGGGCCGGGACUCGUCUCUGGUGCUGCGAGGGGCCUGUGGGGCAGGGGCUGAUGGGUGUGGCGAUGGGGAAGCCUCCUGUGCAAGGGGCUGUGUCCCCAGCAGGAGGCCAGGUUGCCAUCUGCCCUAGCACGCGGUGGGGGGGGGGGGCGUGACUGAGCAGUGAGGUGGCCUGACGCCUGUGGGCAGCUUGGCCAGGCUUUGGGCUCUUGGCUGCGCUGCCCGUCCGCCUGUCCAAUGACUGUAAAUAAUGGUAGAGACGGUCCCCUUGGAAUAAAGUAGGGUCUUUAUUUUGCCUCCA